UCUCCCGGUUCCCUGGCCUUGCUCUUUCGGACAUUGCACUAAAAGAGAUGCAUCCUGGAAAACCACAUCUUGUUUGGAGAAGAGGCCGGGUUUGGGACCUUAGGGUACACAUUCUCCUUUUCAAGCGUCUAGGGUGGAUUUGAUUAAUGAACCCGGAGUACCCUGUUGCGGCUGACUGCCGUUUUUUCACUUCCUUACCGUCCCACUUUCAAAAUCGUUAAGCAGAGAACUCUCGGAGGUUUAUGAGUCUACUUUGAGCUAGAUGUGAGGUUGACCACCUGGUUGGAGCAUGGCUGCAUCCCUGGACCCUCAGAUCGAUGCUCCCUUGGAGGUUGAGGGAUGCUUAAUAAUGAAGGUGGAAAAGGACUCCGAGUGGGCAGCGGAACCCGCUCUGGAAGGAUCGGAGGGCUCUGAGGCCGAGACCUUUCGCAAAUGCUUCAGGCAAUUCUGUUACGAGGAUGUGACUGGACCCCAUGAAGCUUUCAGUAAACUCUGGGAACUUUGCUGCCGGUGGCUGAAGCCCGAAAUGCGUUCCAAGGAGCAGAUCCUUGAGCUGCUGGUGAUUGAACAGUUUCUCACCAUUUUACCCAAGAAGAUUCAGGCGUGGGCGCAGAAGCAGUGUCCGGAAAGCGGAGAGGAGGCUGUGGCCCUGGUAAUACAUUUGGAGAAAGAGACUGGAGGACUAAGACAGCAGGUUAGCAGUCCUGUGCACUCAGAGAAGCAGGUCCCACUUGGAGCAGCAUGGGAGGUAACAGACUUUCAGCCAGAGCAGGUGGAGACCCAACCCAGAGUGGUGUCUCUGGAGGAAGCUAGAAGCCUUCACUCAGGACACGAAGAGCAGCUGAACCGAAAGAGAGAGCAUCGGCCCUUACCCAAGAAUGCUCGGCCUUCUCCCUGGGUUCUUGCUCCUGCUAAUGAAUGGAACAACAUGGAUCAAGAAGUAACAACCACACGACUACCUGUUGUGUCUCAGGGACCAGUGAAAGAUGUCCACAUGGCGAGAGGUUUUUCCUACAAAAAGAGCAUACAUCAGAUUCCCGCUCACAGAGACCUGUACCGGGAUAUUAGGAAAGAGAGUGUUGGGAACAUGGUCUCCCUGGGAAGUACUGUGUCUGUGUCUAACAAGAUUGCCCAGAUGGAGCAAAGAAAGGAGCCAUGGACCCUGGGUCUGCACUCUUCUAACAAAAGGAAUAUUAUUCUACGGAGCAACCACAUCAAGGAGAAGCCAGUUCACACGGCUCAGAUCCCUGCGCGCAGUGCGGGGAGAAUGUGGGGCGAACAGCAGCACUGGGGUUUAGAAGAUGAGAAGAUAGCGGGCGUGCAUUGGAGCUAUGAGGAAACAAAGACUUUCCUUGCCAUUCUCAAGGAGUCUCGCUUUUAUGAGACGCUGCAGGCUUGUCCCCGAAACAGCCAAGUGUACGGGGCUGUGGCUGAGUGGCUCCGUGAGUGUGGCUUCCUCCGAACGCCAGAACAGUGUCGCACCAAGUUCAAAAGCCUCCAGAAGAGCUAUCGGAAGGUGAGAAAUGGCCAUGUGCUGGAACCCUGUGCCUUCUUUGAGGACAUGGACGCUCUGUUGAACCCUGCAGCCCAUGCUUCAUCUGCUGAUAAGACAAAGGAGAUUCUCUCUCUCCCCAGACUAAAGAGAGUUGAUAUCGGUGCUAAAGAACGGAUCAGUUUGGUGGAGGAGGAAGAUGCCACAGAAGAAUCUGAUGGUGAUGAAAUGGGCGUUGAAUUUAUCCGGAAGUCUGAGAUUCGUGGUGCCCCUGUCUUGUUUCAGAACCUGAGUGGUGUGCACUGGGGGUACGAGGAAACCAAAACUUUUCUUGAUAUCCUCCGUGAGACUCGGUUUUAUGAAGCCCUCCAAGCCUGUCAUCGGAAGAGCAAGCUGUAUGGCGCCGUGGCAGAACAACUGCGGGAGUGUGGCUUCCUCCGGACGCCGGAACAGUGCCGGACCAAGUUCAAAAGCCUCCAGAAGAGCUACCGCAAGGUGAAAAAUGGUCACGUGCUGGAGUCCUGUGCGUUCUACAAGGAGAUGGAUGCCCUGAUUAACGCUCGGGCCCCUGCCCCUUCCGCCAGCACUCCAGAAGAAAUCCCGUCACCCUCAGGGCAAGAAGGAGAGGAUACUGAAAUUGAACCCCAGGAACCUACAGGCUGGGAACCUGAGGAGACCUCCCAAGAGGCGAUGGUAGAAGAUUCUGGCAGUGAGAGAAUGAGUGAAGAGGACAUUGUGCAAGAGUCAGAGUUCCAGGUGCCUCCAGGUCUGCUGCAAAGCCCAAAUGAUUUUGAAAUUGGAGGAGGUAUCAAGGAGGAUACAACACAGGUAAUAUAUAAGGACGUGGAGCAGCAUAGGGCAUUAAUAGAAAAGUCUAAAAGGGUCGUUUCCCAGAACGCUGAUCCAGGUAAAUACCGUAAAAGGGAAUGCAUCUCAGGAAGUCAAUGGGAAACCCUCCAAGGCAUCAGACAGGGAAAGCUGACAUCUCAGUCAAGAGAUUUAGGGAAAGCUGUAGGGCAUCUGAGGCCUUUCAUGGGGAAGAGACCCUACCGGUUGCUCAAAUACGGAGAAAGCUUUGGAAGGAAUGCUCGUCUGAUGUGCCGGAUGUCCCACCAGAAGGAAAAUCCUUAUAAAUGCAGUGUCUGUGGGAAGUGCUUUGGUAGAAGCAGGAGCCUAAUCAGACAUCAAAGAAUCCACACUGGAGAAAAACCUUUUAAAUGUCUUGACUGUGGGAAAAGCUUUAAUGACUCCUCCAACUUCGGUGCCCACCAGAGAAUCCAUACUGGGGAGAAACCCUACAGGUGUGGGGAAUGUGGAAAAUGCUUUAGUCAGAGCUCAAGUCUUAUCAUACAUCAGAGAACCCAUACUGGAGAGAAGCCCUAUCAGUGUGGGGAGUGUGGGAAGAGCUUUACCAACAGCUCCCAUUUCAGCGCCCACCGCAGGGUCCACACGGGCGAGAACCCCUACAAAUGUGUGGAUUGCGAGAAAAGUUUCAAUAACUGUACAAGAUUUCGAGAGCAUCGGAGGACACACACUGGAGAGAAGCCCUAUGGCUGUGCCCAGUGUGGCAAACGUUUCAGUAAGAGUUCUGUCCUCAUCAAACACCGGGAAGUUCAUUCCAGAGAAAAGCUUCUGCCGUACCCACCAUCCACAUAUUCCCCAGAGAACCUGCCUAAGGGAAAGACUGAUGAAUUCAGGAAAACUUUUUGACGUUGACCUCUUCUCCUACGUGCCCCAUUAGCCAUUUUACCCCAGCCUCAUCCUUGGAAGCAGUCUUUUCCUAGCUAUGAAGUAUAAUUCCCAAGACAAGCUUGAAAAUACAAAUAAACUAGGAGCCCGCCUCGUACUCUCACCUCCGCCUCUAACUUGACCAGUCUAUUCCUCUCAACUUCUCCCUUAGCAAGGUGAAGAAGACAUCCUGUCUGGGUUCAGAAUGACAGUCCCUUUGGUAUGUCAAUGCCUCUGCCAUAGGACUGCCAAGUCCAGCCACAUUCAAGGUCCCUCCACGUAGCUGAAAGUUGUUUUCAAGAAGACCCAACAUGCUGAAAGUUUCCUGUUGUCCACCACAUGGGAACCCGGAUGCAGCUCAAUCCCAGAUUUCUUGUGGGGGUAGAACUUUCAGGGUCUGAUCAGGACGACACCACAUGCAUCUUGGCUUUGAAGAUACAAGGGACAAUGAGAUUUUACAGCUUCCUUGAGAAGUCUGUUGCACGAUACACUUUUGUGUCAAGUUGAUUCCCACAGCUAGGGUGGAGUCCCUGUAUUGUCACUGAAACCAAAUGUGGUUUGCCUGGCCCUCCAUAGAGAUGAGAAACAACUGAUUACCCAUCGUGCUGACCUUCUCUGGACCGAAACCUUCUUGGCUACUGCUUCUCCAGCCCCUAAAUAAUUCAAUUCUUACCAUUUCUUGUAAGUCCUACACUUACCUCUUAGGUGUUUUGGGUGCUCUCAUCUGACUCUCCUGAACUACCAGGCCCUCUCCAGAUUAAAUAGGAUGCAUGCCCGUGGUGUGUCUCAUUAAAAUAAAGUAGAAUCAACUCAAACACGUUCUACCCUACCGCUCUUCUGGUUCUUCCCUAGAACAUGACUGGCAUGUUGGCAUAUUUUAUGCCUUCCUACCCAACAUUUAGUAUAAUGUUCCGUAAUAAUAGUUUUCUCAAACAUUAAGGAAGUAGGGAAGAAGUGCGGUAGAAACCAGACACCUACACUGUUUCUAAGACCAGUCAGAUCUAGGCCUGCUCUAGAUCAGAUAGCCCCCUCAUUCAGACCACCACCUCCGGGGCUGUUUGUUAAAUACAUCAUCCUUCUCCGAGCCUUGUAGUUGGUCCCCAUUCAUAGGAUCAUCAACCUGAUUGUAGAGCCCAGAGUAAUUUAUAUAACUCUAUAGCUUCCUUAGCUUACUGAGUAAAAAUGGAUUUACAGAAACUUCUAAUCUAGAACACUUGUCGUUUUCCUCAUUUACCUAUUUGUCUAAAAAUCUCUUCGAUAAUCCCCUAGCAUUAACCCAACAGGUAUUGAAGGAAGAGUCAAAAUGGGGAGGGGAAAAGCAGGGAGGUAAUUAAUUCAUUUCUGGAAGUUACAGAUAAAAUCACGGAAUCUGUUUUUCCAAGGCUGAUUGCUCCAGGACGAGGCCAGUGACAUUUAUACCAUUACUACAUAGGUAACCUGGGGCAGCUUUGCUUUGGGGAGGGGAAGUCCUGAGUUUGGUGGAAGGACAGCCAGAGUCAGGGCUGUGUGAAGAUUCUUCUGAUCUGACCUCUCUCCUCCUUUGUCAGAUGUUCUCUUAUUUAAAACCCUCUGGAGAUCAUAUUUUUCCUUUGAGUACCUUUGAAUCUUUUGAAGCCUAUUCCGCAGAGUUCCGAGGAGGGUAGGCAGUGUAGAAAGAAAUCCAAUUCAUGGUGCCAGAAUAGGGUGUGGCCUGCUGGAAGGCAGGUGACUCAGGUACACGUUGAUACACGUUCGUGAUUUAUAUUUGUUGAAGAUGUUACGACUGUUCACACCUCAGUAGGUUGUGUUCCUGCGUGUGGUCUGAAUUAUAGACUUCUAAUGGUUAAGUGCAGUGUUAUGUCAUUAGUGCGCCUAGCACAGUGAGAUGCGUGUGGUGCCCAUGGGCGUGUGCUUGUAUCGUGUAGAUGUUCUGAAAAUCCAGCCCUAGAGAAGAUGCCCAUGAAUAGAAAUCACCAUGUAGUAAUACAUACACAGGAUUGAUAAUUAUAUGGAAGCAUGAUUCAGGAAAGUAGAUGAUUUAUUCCUAAGUAUUAAGUACUGUUCCGUGUAAGGCCGUGUUCCAGACACAGUAAGGGGAUGUGAACAUAAAGACAUGGUGCCCGUGCUCAAGGACCUGGCAGUACGACAGAGGAGGCAUUGCAGCAAAGGUAAUUAAUGCCAGUUACUUUCGUGCCACUUGCAAAAUGUCGGUGACUCCACUGUGAGAAAAUCACUACCACCUACAAAAGCAUUUUUCUGAAUUGCCUUGAACUGUAUACCUCUGCGUCCCCAAUGUCCCUAAUGGCAGGAACAGUGCAGGACCCAUUCCAUCUCAGGUGGGGCAGACCGAGUCUGUGUGAGCUUCAUUUGUCUGGGGCUCCACAGAGGUAGAACCCAAGUCCCCCUGCCGAUGUUUCUAGACAUGGGUUACAUUGCCUUCACGAACUCUGUCUCUGUGCCGAGAAAUAGAAGGUCCUGCCCACCAGCUUAGACCAAGACGACUUGCAUCUUGUCUUUUCUCAACUGGAGCAUGAAAGUCAAAAUGAAUAAUGUAUCUUUUAUAUCACAUAGCAUUGCCUUUAUGAAGAUCCAUAGGAAAAGGUUUUUUUUUUUUUCUGGGUCUCAGUACCAGGGAAAGCUCUGACCCUAAACAGGAAAAAAAAAAAAAAA